GGCUGGGCCAGGACGGCGAAGAGCAUGGUUCUCCUCAGCCAUUGUGAGGAAGGCCUGCUAGGCCUGUGAAGGCCGGGCGUGCCUUCGUCCGAGGGGCUGGUGCACACAGAGACCUAUCUCCUUCCCAAGAGAGCCCCGUUGUGUUUAAAAGACGCUUCCUUAGCGUAAGCAUGUCCGAUCAAGAAGAGCUGAUGAGGUCAUUAAAGAAGGAAGUGAGGUCACUGCUGACACCAGCAAAGGAAGGCCUCACCCCUUUCCAUUUAGAACAAGAAUAUAGGUAUCUGGUUGGAAAACAGCUUCCUUUUCGUUCCCUUGGCUACCACUCUGUUAUGGAACUGAUUAAGGAUAUGCCUGAUGUUGUGAAAAUAUGCCCUAUGGCGAAUGGCAGUGUCAUCCUCAGAGUUAUUGCAGAUGAGUGCACAAAGCAGAUUGCAAACUUGGUUGCAAGACAGAAAAGUAAACCUAAGCCACCUUUCUACAAGCAAAGGAUGAAUUACAUGCGGUACACUGGACCACUUUGGCACCCUCAAAGUCCUCUGAUUUUGCCUCGGAGGGGGCGGCUUCCUCCCACUCUGCCAGCUGUUGUAAAAAGUGAACUGAAGGAACUGCUGAAGCUUUCCCCUGUCCUACUAUCAAACUUUGACAAAAUGUUUUUUCAGUACUUUGGACGGAAAUUUGAGUUGAGUCGUUACGGGUUCUACUCCAUGUCCGAGAUGCUGAAUGCAGCUUCAGAUAUCAUCACAAUUGUUCAAACAAAGACAGGGUCCCUAUUGACUCUAAAAGACAUCCCACCCAAGAAACAGACGAACAAGUUGCUAAAGGUAAUCCAACCAAAUGAAAUGAAGCAGACUUCGCAUACUGCUGUACUGUCACCUGUUGUGAACACUGGCCUGUCUACAGAUGACCAAACUAAGAGUCCAAGGGAGAAAUGUGAUACUUCUCAACCACAGCUGAAAAUGGAAACCCCACUGCUGAAAUCUGAAGAGAGAUUUGAACAAUUUUCUGUAGAUUCCCUACCACCACUAUCACCACCAGAGCUACAAAAGGAGAUAAAAGCAGUACUUGCCAAUAAAGGACCUGGAGGGAUAGUCAGCUCGGAACUGAAGGAAAAAAUAAAAAACAUUGUAGCACAGCACCCAGAAGGCUUGCUUGUUUCCAAAUUACCUCAGGAAUUUGAGGCACAUUUUAAAGAAGCAUUGCCAGUAAAAAAGCUGGGUUUCUUAAACCUUAUGGAGCUAAUCGGUGCACUUAGUGAUGUUCUCCAUAUUGAAUGCAAAGAAGGGGAACAAGACUGGCUCAUCUUCAGUGUUGAUUCACAGUCAUUAAAAGAUGAUGAAAAACAAAAUGUCAAGACUGAUCAGUCUGGUUCAUUAGUGCACGAGGACACUUCUGAUGAACACAGUGUGCCUUGUUGGGAUUUUUCUUUUGAGGAUACUAAAAGUCCAGUAACUAAGUUCAAUGUCGUCACAAAGAUGGCGACACCGUACUUCGAUAUGGAGAUUCCUGGCAUUAUGCAGGAGAUUGUGGAAAAUGAAAUUCCACCUGAUGCUGCCCAAGACAGAAGUCUCUUUAGCCUUCCUGAGCUUGAUAAUGGCACUUUGAUGGGAGUAUUUGUGGAAUAUAUUGUGUCGCCUUCACAAUUCUAUGUCCGAAUCUACAGUGCAGAAACAUCUGAUAAACUAGAAGACAUGAUGAUUGAGAUGAGAAGUUGUUAUUCAUCUAAAAGUGUAAUUGAUCGUUACAUCAUAUCUGAAGCUUUGAUCCGUCCUGGCCAACUUUGUUGUGUAAGGAAUAGGAAAGGCAAGUGGUGGUACCGAGCUAUCAUUCAUCGAAUGAUUGACGACCAGCAAGUGGAAGCAUUUUAUCCAGACUUUGGAAAUAUGGAUAUAGUACAGAAAUCUUCCCUAAGAUUUCUCAAGGACUGCUAUGCAAAGCUUCCUGCUCAAGCUAUCCCUUGUUCCUUAGCCUGGGUGAAACCCACUAAGGAUGACUGGACUCUUAGUGCCUCCCUUGAAUUCCAAAGAUUGUGUGAACUGAAGCUCCUGGUGGGAGUGGUGGAUGAAUAUAUAGAUGGAGUCCUUCAUCUUUUUCUUUGUGACACCAGCUCUGAUGAAGAUAUCUACUUGCACAACGUACUGAAGUUAGAAGGCCAUGCAUUCAUCUACAGUGAGAACAUUCCUUCCAAGGGCUUCAAAAAAAUGAAUUUUUCAACUCUGUAUUUGAAACCCAGUCCAAAGCAGGAGGCUGAUUUGACAGAGAAAGCAGAUUCAUUUCUUCAGCAGGAAUCUCUUGGGGACCUCUCAGACACAACUGAUUCAGGGUUCUGCAAGAGUGAAGAUGGUUUCCAGGAUACAGCAAGCUCAUACCUAAACUCUGAAAUGCCCUAUCUGGAACCAGUAUAUUCAUGCAAGGAAGUUUGGGAUGAGAAUUUGAUGCCUUCUUAUUACUAUGAAGAAAAGAAAAAUGGUGAUAUUGAUGAUAACUUGUGCUCAGAUAUUGCAGUAUUAUCCUGUCAAAUGCCAAACUGUGAAGAAAUCAAGAAUGAGACUCGGCAGAGCCAAGAUUUCAUGUCUGAGAGAAAAGACAUUUCCAGUGCUGCUGCUGAGAGAAACGAAUUGCCUGAUUUGGAACCUCUGAACCAAAUCUUGGACUCAUCUGGAAAAACUGAGACAACAAUUCCUGUUGGAGCUACAUAUAAUGCUUUGUUGCAAAACCUGGAAAAAUUUGACAUUUCAGUUGCCCGUUCUGAGAAAUCAGAUCUAGGCCAAUUUGAUGUGACUGUGAACAAUUGCACUUCUCAAUCUUUUCCAUCAACAUCUGCCUUAGAUUAUACAUGUGCGCUUAUGACAAAACCAGGAGAAGCUUCUUCAGAGAAGAAGAUAGAUGAUACUUCCAAGACCCAAGUAGUUUCUUUACGUAAGCCAGGGAGCUACUGUGGUCCUAAUGCCUUAAUGUUCACUGCAGAACUUCACGGCUCUUCAGCAUUCUGUGUCCCUUGCAGCCCUGCAGUAGCCAUGGGAGCCUCUGCUCGCUUAGCCACAUCUGGUGGCUAUUUCUCCCUUAACCUGAGGAACAUGAAGACAUCAGGUCAAAUGGCCUUGGGAAAGUUUCAUUGUUCAGCUGCAUCAUUGGACACAACAGUAAAAAAGCUUUUUUGAGGCUGCAGGAACUGGGUCAUAAUAAUUCAGAGUCUAGUUUCAGUUUAGUCAAACUGCUUUAGUUUUGC